AUGUUCAUCUACCUCCUCUCCCUACCAGUCUGGAACUUCAUUCUUCCAACCUAUGCUUAUUGGAAGUUCGACGAUUUCUCUUGGGGUGACACUCGCAAGACGGCUGGUGAGCAGACCAAGGGAGGUCACGACGAUGCCGAGGGUGAAUUCGACAGCAGUAAGAUCACUAUGAAGAGAUGGGCUGAUUUUGAGCAUGAGCGACGCAUGAAGACUGGUGGUACAAACUACAAUUCGUCUGCACAGGGAUCAUACCCUUAUGAGUCUGGCUACGAAUAUUGA